UCACACUGUAAUCUUGGGAGAAAGGCGACACUGGAGAAGGAGCUGCUUCGUUUGCUGCGAUGGAAGAAGAAUACGAAGGUGAAGCCCCGGUGCUACCGUCGAAGCCCCGAGUUCGCCACAUAAAGAAAAGAGCCCUCAAGAACAAAGCACUCUCCGUUUCUUUCAACGAGAAGGAUCUCAGGGAUUACGUAACUGGGUUUCACAAGAGGAAGAAGAAGCGCAGAAAGGAAGCCCAGAAGAAGCAAGAGCAGGCUGAACGCCGCAAGCGUAUUGAACGGCGCAAAAAGAGAAAGUUGGAAAAAGAAUUUGCCCUAUAUGGAGGAGUACUUCCCGGCACAGGCUCAGAACCUGAUGGAGUUGAUGAGAACAAAGAGGAUGAUGAAGAAAGAGAGCCAACUGCUUCAUUAUCUGGGACUACAAAGUAUGAUGGUGAGAACAUGACCGUCACUGUGAUUAUGAGUGAGAUUUCUCGUGAGGAAGAAGAAGACUCUACGGGUGAAAGGACUCAAAUGGCAAUGCCGAGAUCAGUUGGAGAUAAAGUUGAUAGAAAACAAGCGUUGUCUGUGAGUAAAAGUAAACCAUUCAAGAAAGUUGCAAAACACAGAUCCAAGCCACCAAGCAAAAGAGACAGAAAUAAGGGGGGGAAAAGGAAUAAGAACAGGCAUUGAUGACUUACCU